AUGCGGGUCAAGUUUGAAGCAUCAUCUUCCAAAUUCCAAAACGAAACACCAGCUGAUGUUGGAGUGAAGGCUUUGGAGGAAGCCAUUUCAGAAGUUAAAUUCGAGACACUGAAAGUGCUGAAACUUAAAUUUCAGCUGAUCAGAUUGAAACAUUUAAUGUUGAAAGCGAAACAUCAGACAGUGAAAUCGAAGCACCAGAACUUGACUUCCAAACGACAGUCAUUAAAAUCAAACAAACUGUCAGACAAACCAAUUUUUAAUGAUAUCUACGAUUGUAGUGAAAAACCAGCAAAGGAAGAUGAAGAGUUUUUAGAAAAAGCAAGGAAGUUUUUUGAAGAGGCUUAUGAUGAACUGAUGUUAGUCGAAAUGAAAACACCAGAUGUUGGAAUCGAACUUCCAGAUGUUGAUGAGUUCUUAGAACAGGCAAAAGUAUUUUUUGGAGAGGCCUACCAAGAGUUGAUGUCAAUUGAAAUUGAAACACCCGCUGUAGAAAUCGAAAUUCCAGCUUUCGAAGAAUUCUUAGAACAGUCCAAGAUUUUCUUUGAUAAAGCCUAUGAGGAAAUGAAGGAAGACGAAAUGAAAGCACGAACCGAUAAAAUCGAAAUUGCAACUGACCAGGUUCAAAUGCCAGAAUUCGAAAUAGAAACACCAGAUGAUGACCUCAGAACAUCAGGAAUCGAAUUUGGAACACCAGCUGCAGAAAUCGAAAUUCCAGUUUUUGAAGAACUUUUAGAACAGUCCAGGAUUUUCUUUGAAGAAGCUUACAAGGCAAUGACGUUCGACGAAUUUAAAGAACCAACCUUUGAAAUGGAAAUUGCAGCUGACCUAGUUGCAACGCCAGAAUUUGGAAUAGAAACACCAGGAUUAGAUUUCGAAACACCAAUUAUUAAUAUCGAAAGACCAACUAUUGAAAUCGAAACACCAAAUGUUGAAACCAAAGAACGAGCCAUCGAAUUAGAAUCAUCAUGUGUUGAAAUCGAAGAACUAGCAAUCGAUUUUGAAAAUCCAGCAAUCGAUAUCGAAACACCAGAUGUUGAAAUCGAAGAACCAGCAAUCGAAUUAGAAUCACCAAGUGUUGAAAUCGAAGAACCAGCAAUCGAUUUUGAAACACCAACGAUUGAUAUCGAAACACCAAAUGUUGAAAUAGAAGAACCAACAAUCGAAUUAGAAUCAUCAAGUAAUGAAAUCGAAGAACCAGCAAUCGAUUUUGAAGCCCCAGCGAUUUAUAUCGAAACACCAAAUGUUGAAAUCGAAACACCAGCAAUCGAAUUAAAAACAGCUGAUUUUGAAAUCGAAAUUCCAGAUUUUGAACCUGAAAGACCAGAGGCUGAGGUGGAAACAAAGACUUUGGAUAAAGAAACGCCAGAUAUUCAAAUCAAAAUACCAGAUGUCGAAAUCAAAGCAACAGCUUUAGAGAUAGAGAUUCCAGCUGAUCAGGUUGAAACAUCAAAUGUUAAAGAUACAACACCAAAUCUGGAAAUCGAAGCACGGUGUGUCGAAUUCGAAAGACAAGCUGAAGAAUUUGAAACACCAACUGUUGAAAUCGAAGCACCAGCUUUAGAGAUAGAGAUUCCAGCUGAUCAGGUUGAACCACCAAAUGUUGAAGAUUUAACACCAGAUUUGGAAAUCGAAGCACCGUUUGUCGAAUUUGAAAGACAAUCUGAAGAAUUUGAAACACCAGCUGUCGAAAUCGAAGCACCAGCUUUAGAGAUAGAGAUUCCAGCUGACCAGGUUGAAACAUCAAAUGUUGAAGAUUUAACACCAGGUUUGGAAAUCGAAGCACCGUUUGUCGAAUUCGAAAGACAAGCUGAAGAAUUUGAAACACCAACUGUUGAAAUCAAAGCACCAGCUUUAGAGAUAGAGAUUCCAGCUGAUCAGGUUGAACCACCAAAUGUUGAAGAUUUAACACCAGGUUUGGAAAUCGAAGCACCGUUUGUCGAAUUUGAAAGACAAGCUGAAGAAUUUGAAACACCAGCUGUCGAAAUCGAAGCACCAGAUUUAGAGAUAGAGAUUCCAGUUGACCAGGUUGAAACAUCAAAUGUUGAAGAUUCAACACCAGAUUCCAAAAUUGAAGCAUCGUUUGCUGAAUUUGAAAGACAAGCUGAAGAAUUUGAAACACCAGCUGUCGAAAUCGGAGCACUAGCUUUAGAGAUAGAGAUUCCAGCUGACCAGGUUGAAACAUCAAAUAUUGAAGAUUUAACACCAGAUUUCGAAAUCGAAACAUCGUUUGCUGAAUUCGAAAGACCAGCUGGUGGUAUGAAAAUACCAGCUAUCGAUGAUGUCGACCAGCCAACAAAAUUAUCAUCCCAUCUGACGGACAUGAAGUCUAAAGUCGAAACACUAAAGUUCGAAAUCGAAGACAUUUUGUUAAAUGCUACAGCACCAGUAUUUGAAAUUGAAAAGCUACCAAUCGAAGCCGAAAUCAGAGAGCCAGUUGUCGAAUUGGAGUCACCUGCCAUUGAAAUCGAAAACCCGGUUGAAGAAACUGAAACACCAGUAGUUGAAAUCAAAGCACCAUCUGUAGAAGUCGAGAUUCCAGCUGAUCUGGUUGAAACACAAAAUGUUGACGUUUUAACACCAGAUUACGAAAUCGAAGCACCUUUUGUCGAAUUUGAAGCACCUGCAAUCGAAAUCGAAGCACCCUCUGUAGAAGUUAAAACACCAGCUGUAGAAAUCGAAGCACCAGCUGUGGAAGUUGAAACACCAGCUAUCGAAAUCGAAGCACCAGCUGUUGAGAUUGAAACACCAGCUUUCGAAAUCGAAGCACCAGCUGUUGAGAUUGAAACACCAGCUAUCGAAAUCGAAGCACUAGCUGUUGAGAUUGAAACACCAGCCAUCGAAAUUGAAGCACCCUCUGUAGAAGUUGAAACACCAGCUAUCAAAAUCGAAGAACCAACUGUGGAAGUUGAAACACCAGCUGUAGAAAUCGAAGCACCAGCUGUGGAAAUUGAAACACCAGCUAUCAAAAUCGAAGAACCAACUGUGGAAGUUGAAACACCAGCUGUAGAAAUCGAAGCACCAGCUGUGGAAAUUGAAGAAAAUGUGGUCAGGUCAACUGCAACAGUUAAAAUUGAAACGGCGAAAGCGAUUUGGGCAGAGGGUCCGGGAUUGAUGGACUGUUUUGAGGGUGAUCAGGGUGACUUUCAAAUAUUUAACAAACAUGCUGGACACGGUAUACUGAGUGUGGAAGUGAAGGGAUCCAAAGCCAAAUCUCAAGUAACUGAAUGGAAGGAAGCGAAGGAGACAGUUACCUGUAGAUACAACCCAGAAGUAGCUGGAAAAUACACUAUCAACAUCAAGUGGGAGGACGAGCACAUCAAGGGCAGUCCAUUCAAAAUAAAAGUCAGGAAAUGUCCAGUGAACCAAAAAGAAACACAAGCUGUUGAAUUCGAAGCACCAGCAAUUGACUUCGAAACGCCAGCUGUUGACAUCGAAUAUCCAGCUGUUCAGGUUGAAAUAGAUACACCAGAUAUGGAAGUUCAAACACCAAUCGUUGAGGUAGAACAACCAGCUCCUGAAAUCAAAAGAACGUCGUCCCUCAAAAGAAGGGCCUCUAAACGAUUAUCGAAAUUGUUUCGACCAGCCGCCAAAGUUGAGAUGCCAGCUGACAAAGAUGAAUCACUGUCUCUUGAAAUGGAUGAACCAGCAAUCGAAUUGGAAUCACCAACUAUUAAAUCCGAAGCUGCAUCUGGCCAAAUCGAUACAUCAGAUGUUGAUCUCGAAAUACCAGUCGUCGAAGUGGAGCCAUCAGCUCCUGAAAUCAAAAGGACGUCUCUCAAAAGAAAGGCUUCUAAAAAAUUAUCGAAAUUGUUUCGACCAGCCGCCAAAAUUGAGAUGCCAGCUAAUGAACAUGAAUCACUGUCUCUUGAAAUGGAUGAACCAGCAAUCGAAUUGGAAUCACCAACUAUUGAAGCCGAAGCUGCAUCUGGUCAAAUCGAAGGACCAACUGUAGAAAUUGAAAUACCAAUCAUUGAAUCCGAAGCUGCAUCUGGCCAAAUCGAUACAUCAGAUGUUGAUCUCGAAAUACCAGUCGUCGAAGUGGAGCCAUCAGCUCCUGAAAUCAAAAGGACGUCUCUCAAAAGGACGGCUUCUAAAAAAUUAUCGAAAUUGUUUCGACCAGCCGCCAAAAUUGAGAUGCCAGCUGAUGAACAUGAAUCAAUGUCUUUUGAAAUGGAUGAACCAGCAAUUGAAUUGAAAUCACCAACCGUUAUAGUUGAAACAGCUGCAAUUGGCCAAAUCGACGACGCAUCAGCUGUAGAAAUCAAAAUUUCAACAAACCAGGUUGAAACUCCAGACGUUGACAUCGAUACACCAGAUGUUGAUCUCGAAACAUCGAUCGUCGAAGUGGAACCUUCAGCUCCCGAAAUCAAGAGAACGUCUCUCAAAAGAAGGGCAUCUAAACGAUUAUCGAAAUUAUUUCGACCAGCCGCCAAAAUUGAGAUGCCAGCUGAUGAACAUGAAUCAAUGUCUCUUGAAAUGAAUGAACCAGCAAUUGAAUUGGAAUCACCAACUGUUGAAGUAGAAGCAGCUGCAAUUGGUCAAAUCGAUGAAGCACCAGCAGUAGAAAUCGAAAUUUCAACAAACCAGGUUGAAACUCCAGACAUUGACAUCGAUACACCAAAUGUUGAUCUCGAAACAUCGGUCAUUGAAGUGGAACCUUCAGGUCCUGAAAUCGAAAGAACGUCUCUUAAAAGAAGGGCAUCUAAACGAUUAUCGAAAUUGUUUCGACCAGCCGCCAAAGUUGAGAUGCCAGCUGAUGAACAUGAAUCAAUGUCUCUUGAAAUGAAUGAACCAGCAAUUGAAUUGGAAUCACCAACUGUUGAAGUUGAAGCAGCUGCAGCUGGCCAAAUCGACGAAGCACUAGCAGUAGAAAUCGAAAUUUCAACAAACCAGGUUGAAACUCCAGACGUUGACAUCGAUACACCAAAUGUUGAUCUCGAAACACCAGUCGUCGAAGUGGAACCUUCAGCUCCUGAAAUCAAAAGAACGUCUCUCAAAAGAAGGGCAUCUAAACGAUUAUCGAAAUUGUUUCGACCAGCCGCCAAAGUUGAGAUGCCAGCUGAUGAACAUGAAUCAAUGUCUCUUGAAAUGGAUGAACCAGCAAUUGAAUUGGAAUCACCAAUUACUGUUGAAGUUGAAGCACACGCUGUUGGCCAAAUCGACGAAACAACAGCAGUAAAAAUCGAAAUUUCAGCUGACCAGGUUGAAUUGCCAAAUGUUAAUAUCGAAACGCCUGCAGUUGUUGAAGUGGAACCUCUAGCUCCCGGAAUCGAGAGAAAAUCUUUUAAAAGAAGGGCUUCUAAACGGAUUUCAAAAUUGUUUAAACCAACGACCAAAAUUGAAAAGCUAGCUGACAAAGAUGAAACACCUGUUGAAAUUGAAACAUUAGGAAUCGAAUUGGAAUCACCAACUAUUGAAGUUGAAGCACAUGCAGUUGGCCAAAUCGACGAAGCAACAGCAGUCAAAAUCGAAAUUUCAGCUGACCAGGUUGAAUUGCCAAAUGUUGAAAUCGAUACACCAGAUGUUGAUUUCGAAGCACCAGUCGUCAAAGUGGAACCUCUUGCUCCCGGAAUCAAGAUAAAAUCCUUCAAAAGAAGGGCUUCUAAACGGAUUUCAAGAUUGUUUCGACCAGCUGCCAAAAUUGAAAUGCCAGCUGAUGAACAUGAAUCACUAUCUUUUGAAGUAGAUACACCAGCAAAUGAAUUGGAAUCACCAAAUGUUGAAGAAGAUGAAGUAACAGCUGCGGAAAUGAAAAUUUCAGCUGACCAGGUUGAAUUGACAGAUGUUGAAAUCGAAACACCAGAUUUUGAUUUCGAAGCACCAAUCGUUGAAGUGGAACCUCCAGCUCCCGAAAUCAAGAAAACAUCUCUCAAAAGAAGGGCUUCUAAACGGAUUUCAAAAUUAUUUCGACCAGCCGUCAAAAUUGAAAAACCACUGUCUUUUGAAAUGGAUGCACCAAAAAUCGAAUUGGACUCUCAAACUUUUGAAGUUAAAGCUUCUGUAGAUGGCCAAAUCGAGGCACCAGCCGUAGACAAUGUUUCAGCGGAGCAAGUUGAAACGCCAGAUGUUAUAAUUGAAACACCAGAUGUUGAAAUCGAAACACCUACCGUCGAAGUGGAGUCUCUAGCUCCCGAAAUCAAGAAAACGUCUCUCAAAAGAAGGGCUUCUAAACGAAUUUCAAGACUGUUUCGACCAACCGCCAAAAUUGAAAAACCAGUUGAUGAACAUGAAUCAAUGUCUCUUGAAUUGGAUGCACCAUCAAUUGAAUUGGAGUCACUAACUGUUGAAGAUGAAGUACCAUCUGUAAAAAUACAAAUUUCAGCAAAACAGGACGAUACACCAGACCUUGAAAUCGAUACACCAGACGUUGAAAUCGAUACACCAGACGUUGAAAUCGAUACACCAGAUGUUGAUCUCGAAACGUCAGUCUUUGAAGUGGAACCACCAGCUCCCGAAAUCAAGAAAACAUCACUCAAAAGAAAGGCUUCUAAACAGAUUUCAAAAUUAUUUCGACCAGCUGCCAAAAUUGAAAAACCAGUUGAUGAACAGGAAUCAAUGUCUCUUAAAGUGGAAGCCCCUGCAAACGAAUUUGAAUCUCCAACUUUUGAAGUUGAAGCUUCAGUAGAUGGCCAAAUAGAAGCACCAGCUGUAGAAAUCGAAAUUUCAGCUGAGAAGAUUGAAACACCAGAUGUUGAAAUCGAAACACCUACCGUCGAAGUGGAGUCUUCAGCUCCUGAAAUCGAAACAACUCCUAUCAAAAGAAAGAAAUCAGGACGAUUUUCACGAUUGUUUCGACCAGCCACCAAAAUUGAGCUGCCAGCUGACGAAGAUGAAACACCAGCUGUUGGAAUAGAAGCCCCAGAAAUAGAAUUGGACUCUCCAAGUUCUGAAGCUAAAGCUUCUGUAGAUAACCAAAUAGAAGCACCAGCUGUAGAAAUCGAAAUUUCAGCUGAGAAGAUUGAAACACCAGAUGUUGCAAUCGAAACACCAGAUGUUGAACUCGAAACACCUACUGUCGAAGUGGAGUCUUCAGCUCCUGAAAUCGAAUCAACUCCUAUCAAAAGAAAAAAAUCGGGACGAUUUUCACGAUUGUUUCAACCAGCCGCCAAAAUUGAGCUGCCAGCUGACGAAGAUGAAACACCAGCUGUUGGAAUGGAAGCCCCAGAAAUAGAAUUGGACUCUCCAAGUUCUGAAGUUAAACGUUCAGUAGAUGGCCAAAUAGAAGCACCAGCUGUAGAAAUCGAAAUUCCAGCUAAUAAGAUUGAAACACCAGAUGUUGAACUCGAAACACCAGAUGUUGAAAUCGAAUCACCAGAUGUUGAACUUGAAACAACUACCGUCGAAGUGGAGUCUUCAGCUCCUGAAAUCAAAACAACUCCUAUCAAAAGAAAGAAAUCGGGACGAUUUUCACGAUUGUUUCGACCAGCUGCCAAAAUUGAGCUGCCAGCUGACGAAGAUGGAUCACCAGCGGUUGGAAUGGAAGCCCCAGAAAUAGAAUUGGACUCUCCAAGUUCUGAAGUUAAACCUUCAGUAGAUGGCCAAAUAGAAGCACCAGCUGUAGAAAUCGAAAUUCCAGCUAAUAAGAUUGAAACACCAGAUGUUGAACUCGAAACACCUACCGUCGUAGUGGAGUCUUCAGGUCCUGAAAUCGAAUCAACUCUUACCAAAAGAAAAAAAUCUGGACGAUUUUCACGAUUGUUUCAACCAACCGCCAAAAUUGAGCUGUCAGCUGACGAAGAUGGGACAUCAGUUGUUGGAAUGGAAGCCCCAGAAAUAGAAUUGGACUCUCCAAGUUCUGAAGUUAAAGCUUCUGUAGAUGGUCAAAUAGAAGCACCAGCUGUAGAAAUCGAAAUUCCAGCUAAUAAGAUUGAAACACCAGAUGUUGAAAUCGAAUCACCAGAUGUUGAAAUCGAAUCACCAGAUGUUGAACUCGAAACACCUACCGUCGAAGUGGAGUCUUCAGCUCCUGAAAUCAAAACAACUCCUAUCAAAAGAAAGAAAUCGGGACGAUUUUCACGAUUGUUUCGACCAGCCGCCAAAAUUGAGCUGUCAGCUGACGAAGAUGGGACAUCAGUUGUUGGAAUGGAAGCCCCAGAAAUAGAAUUGGACUCUCCAAGUGCUGAAGUUAAAGCUUCUGUAGAUGGUCAAAUAGAAGCACCAGCUGUAGAAAUCGAAAUUCAAGCUAAUAAGAUUGAAACACCAGAUGUUGAACUCGAAACACCAGAUGUUGAACUCGAAAUUUCAGCUGAGAAGAUUGAAACACCAGAUGUUGAAAUCGAAUCACCAGAUGUUGAAAUCGAAUCACCAGAUGUUGAACUUGAAACACCUACUGUCGAAGUGGAGUCUUCAGCUCCUGAAAUCGAAACAACUCCUAUCAAAAGAAAAAAAUCGGGACGAUUUUCACGAUUGUUUCAACCAGCCACCAAAAUUGAGCUGCCAGCUGACGAAGAUGAAACACCAGCUGUUGGAAUGGAAGCUUCAGAAAUAGAAUUGAACUCUCCAAGUUCUGAAGCUAAAGCUUCUGUAGAUGGCCAAAUAGAAGCACCAGCUGUAGAAAUCGAAAUUUCAGCUAAUAAGAUUGAAACACCAGAUGUUGAAAUCGAAACACCAGAUGUUGAAAUCGAAACACCUACUGUCGUAGUGGAGUCUUCAGGUCCUGAAAUCGAAACAACUCCUAUCAAAAGAAAGAAAUCGGGACGAUUUUCACGAUUGUUUCGACCAGCCGCCAAAAUUGAGCUGCCAGCUGACGAAGAUGGAUCACCAGCGGUUGGAAUGGAAGCCCCAGAAAUAGAAUUGGACUCUCCAAGUUCUGAAGCUAAAGCUUCUGUAGAUGGCCAAAUAGAAGCACCAGCUGUAGAAAUCGAAAUUUCAGCUAAUAAGAUUGAAACACCAGAUGUUGAAAUCGAAACACCUACUGUCGUAGUGGAGUCUUCAGGUCCUGAAAUCAAAACAACUCCUAUCAAAAGAAAGAAAUCGGGACGAUUUUCACGAUUGUUUCGACCAGCCGCCAAAAUUGAGCUGCCAGCUGACGAAGAUGGGACAUCAGUUGUUGGAAUGGAAGCCCCAGAAAUAGAAUUGGACUCUCCAAGUUCUGAAGUUAAAGCUUCUGUAGAUGGUCAAAUAGAAGCACCAGCUGUAGAAAUCGAAAUUCCAGCUAAUAAGAUUGAAACACCAGAUGUUGAAAUCGAAACACCAGAUGUUGAAAUCGAAACACCUACUGUCGUAGUGGAGUCUUCAGGUCCUGAAAUCAAAACAACUCCUAUCAAAAGAAAGAAAUCGGGACGAUUUUCACGAUUGUUUCGACCAGCCGCCAAAAUUGAGCUGCCAGCUGACGAAGAUGGAUCACCAGCGGUUGGAAUGGAAGCCCCAGAAAUAGAAUUGGACUCUCCAAGUUCUGAAGCUAAAGCUUCUGUAGAUGGCCAAAUAGAAGCACCAGCUGUAGAAAUCGAAAUUUCAGCUAAUAAGAUUGAAACACCAGAUGUUGAAAUCGAAACACCUACUGUCGUAGUGGAGUCUUCAGGUCCUGAAAUCAAAACAACUCCUAUCAAAAGAAAGAAAUCGGGACGAUUUUCACGAUUGUUUCGACCAGCCGCCAAAAUUGAGCUGCCAGCUGACGAAGAUGAACACCAGCUGUUGGAAUAG